AUGCUGUCGCCAGGCAUGGGCCGCGGGGUGAGGGAGACGGUGCUGGGCACCUUGGGGAAGGCGACGAUAUUGCAGAUCCCCCCCGAACUCCGUAACCUCACCCUGCACUUCGGAAAGGCCGUGUGGAAGCGGGACACGGAGGACCCGCAGAGGAAGCUCAUCCUGCUCGAGUACUGCCACGGCAACUACACCAACUACAUGCAGGGUCAGAAUCGCUUCCACAAGUUGGACUUCUCCCUGGAGAUCCUGAACACCAGCCGGCAGGACGGGCAUCUCUACGAGUACAUCGUCAGCAAAGGACCAGAGGAGAAAGUCUGGCAGAUCCAGCUGGAGGUGUAUGAGCCAGUGUCCGAUCCCAGCAUCCAGAUCCUCAGCUGGGCACUGGCCAACGGCAGCUGCACCGUCACCCUCAACUGCACGGCGGAGCGAGGGGACAACAUCUCCUACAGCUGGGGCAGCUGGGACAGCAGCACCUCGGGGCUCUGCUCCCACCAUGGCAGCCUCCUGAACCUCUCCUACCCGCUGCAAAACACAAGCAUCACCUGCGCCUGCAUGGCCAGCAACCCCGUCAGCAGACGAGUUGUCAACUUCAGCUCCUCCGAGUGCAGCUAUGAGCAAGGGGGCAGUGCCGGGCUGAGGACAGAGCAUCUCGUGCUGAUGGUGUUGGUGCCCCUCGCCACAGUGUUCACCGUGGUCUUCGUUGCCCGUUUGGCCAUGCCCAAGGCCAGCCAGGAGCACUCGCGCUUGCCGCUCGCCGAGGACAGCGCGGUGCACACCAUCUACUCCCAAGUGCAGCGGGUGGAGAAGCAGAAAGUGGCCCCCGCCGCCGAGGACCCCUCCUGCACCACCAUCUACGCUGCAGCCACCGGCCUGCCCCCAGACAUGGCCCCGGCCCCCGGCAGAGCCCCGUGCACCCCACGCAGCCCCCAGACACAGGCGCCCGCCCUACAGGGCCACCCACCCCUCUCGCAGAGCCCCGACAAGGAGCCCAUGACGGUUUACGCCAGUGUGACGAUGCCCGUGGCCUGA